AUGCGGUGCCCGUGGUCCUCGCUUCUGGCUGGCGCCAUUUUGAUGGCGGUGUCCACUGGGGCUUGGUCGGCUUGGUGGUCUUGGACCACUUGGAGGACUUGGCGGACUUACAACCAAUCGCUCGAAGCGCGCUUGGAGACCGUCGAGACCCACCUGGCCGCUUUGGAAGCGGAACUUGGGCGCCUUGCGGUGAACAAGGGCGUCACUUCAGAGCCAAGGCCUGAAAGGCCUGAAGGACAAGGUGCGCUUGGUGCGCUUGCCCCUGUGCUUCCAAAGAGUUUGCCCAGGCGCUUGUCCACGGACAAGGAAGUUCCGGUGGCAUCGGAGGACUUUGAUUCAUGGAAGACCUACAUCACGCAUGGACAUGCUUGGUGGGUCGGUUAUUCUGUAAGCCAAUUCGGGAAGAAAAGCCAGGAAGAGGGUUGUGAAGAGUUUGGGAGAUUCAGUAAGAGAAUGCAUGCACCAGACUGUGAGGACAUGAGUGUUAUUGAGAACGUCACCAAAUAUGCAAUGGAUGGCAAUGAAGAGCAGCUUUUCUCUGUGCUGGAGAAGCACCCUGACCAGGACCUGAAAGAUUUGGCCCUGGCUUCAGCUGCCUUUGGCUUGCCAGUCCUUAGGAAAGAGGAAGAGCAGUCCUCAUUGUCUCAGUUCGGUUUGAUGUAUGCAAAGGAGCAGUGGCAUCUUGAUAGCCGCAUAGAAAUUGUACGACGCUUGUUCACAAAUGGAACAUUUGGCAAUUCCAGCUUUGUUGAUGUUGGCUUUAAGCUUGCGAAGAAGGAGGAAAUUCAAGUUGAGCCAGCACUGCUCCGAUUGCUUACUUGGGGAACCUUGAGGAGGUGGCUUGUCAGACCAUGUCCGUCCCCUUUUUCUGGUGACGAACAGUACUGCGCCAUUUUGAGCCUCAACAUGGAAGUGGAGACAGCAAAACUUGGCUAUGGAAGAAAGGGUGUUCCGGCGUCUGUCUUCCAGUAUGCCAUAGAUCAUCCAGAAUUUCUUGAUGAGAGGAGCAGUGAAGAUCGCACCUUGUUGAUGGAGGCAAGCUCACUGCACUCUUGUGCUAAAUCACCAGCCAUCGAUCCGUGCAACAUGCCGUUCCAAGUGGUGACAGGUCUUCAUCAGCAGCUCGGCGUGUCCUUGACUGCCAUGGACGAGGAGGGCAAAAACGCAGCGAUGCUGGCUGCGCAGCACGGAGCCUUGGACAGAGCAAAUAGUCUUCAGAGCGCCAUACUAGAAGAGGAAAUGAAGAAACAGCCGUGGAUCUACCACUUCAAAUUCAUGCUUUCUUUUGUGCUGGUGCUGCACAUAGCGCUUGCCUUGGUGACCUUAUUAUUUCACUACUGCUCCGGUGGAUGGGAGUGGUGGCUUGUGCGAGAUUUUUUGAUGAAGACCGGUUUGCUGACGGCAUGCAAUGUCCUGAUCCAGUACCUUGUGGUACCUGAGGUGCUCCUCGACCCCAAGGCCAUGCUGGAAGUCUACUACAACAUUCAUAUGCCUCACAGCUGGCCCAUCUUUGCCUUGCUCACAGCUAUAUUCACCGUCUACACGAUCUAUGACCUCAAUGAUGCCGUUCGUCGCGAACGAGAGGGCUAUGUGGUCCCAAGUGUGCAGGCUGUGAAUGUUUACCAGGACCCAAAGGUAUCCAUCUUGACAUGCAUGCACACCUUCUUGCUCUCUUGCAUCUUCGUCUGCGUGUAUUGGAACAAAGUGGUGGGUCCUGUCCAGAUGAAUCUAUUCACCAGAUUCUGUUGGGCCUUCGCGCUGUUCGUGCAAUACUACCUCAGCUCUAAAUUCCGAUCAAGUCCAAACUCCUCCAAGGGAUUUGAAUUCGGCCGUUGGGCUGUGUGUUUGGAUGACCAAUGCGGCAACAACUUGUGGGCAGUCCUGUUGAAAAAGGGCAAGCUGGAAGCAGACGGGGAACCAGCUCCACUGCUGAGCCGGCCCGAGGUGCUGCUGCGUUUCUUCAUGGAUUACAUCGCCAACGGAUUCUUCCGCAUUUUGAUCCUGUACUCCCUUCCGGUUUACUUGGCCACCUCUGAGCAGGCCAGCGACUUUGCCCUAAAUGCAUUCGCUGUGACCUUCAUCUCGGAGAUAGACAACCUGUCCGAGCCUGCGGAGUACCAGAUUGAAGGCUACAAAUCCCUAGAGAGCGGAAAGCGGGAAAUUAAAUGA